AUGGCAAAAUUAUCUAUUUCUUUCCUCCUUUUAUCUUUAUUACCUUUAUUUUUUCUUGUAUUUAUAUCUUCAUUACAUAAAAGUAAUGCAUAUGGUAAGAAUAGUGGUGCAGCAGCAGCAGCAGCAGCAGCAGCAUCACGUGCUGUAUCUAUAGGGGAAUUAGAUGCAUUAAUUAAUUCAAUAAGGAAUGCAGUAGAUACUUCCCCUAUUAUUGCUUCUGCCCCUAUUCCUCUUCCUUCCUCUAAGGGAGGAGGAGGAGUACUUGUAUCUAGAGGUAUAUUUACUCCUGCUGUUGUUACGAGCAGCACCAGCUCAUUUGCUGCAGUACCUGUUGUUGAUGAUAUAUACAGCAGCAGCAGCAGCAGCAAGGGAGGAUAUUAUCCUUCUGCUUCUCCUUCUUUUGCCUCCUUUAGCCGCAGCGGCAACGGGUAUAACGGCAGCAGCAGCAGCAAAGGAGGAGGUUAUUCUCCUCCUGCUGUUGCUUCCUUUAGCCGCAGCAGCAACGGAUACAGCAGCAGCAGCAAAGGGGGAGGAUAUUCUCCUCCUGCUGCUUCUUCCUUCAGUAUUGCCCCUCCUGCUGCUGCAUCCGUAGGAAGAAGUUAUAGUAAGGGCGGCAGCAGCAGCAGCAGCAGCCCUCCUGCUGUUGCUUCCUUUAGUAGAAGCGGAUACAGCAGCCUCCCCCCCAACGGUACCAACGGCAGCAGCAACGGCGGCAGCAACGGCGGCAGCAACGGCACUCUCCCUCCUUGUGGUAAAUGUACAUUUACUAAGGGAGGAGGCAUCAGCAGCAACGGCGGCAGCAACGGCAGCACCAACGGUAUAGGCAGCAACGGCAGCACCAACGGUAUAGGCACCAACGGAGGCACCAGCGGGGGAGAUACACAAAUAGAUAUUGUUAUUGAUCAAGGAGGGGGAACAGACACCAUAAUUGUUGAUGAAAAUACUAAUAAUAAUAAUACUAAUGGUGGUAUAGUUGCUUCUCCUCCUCCAGCUGCUGCAUCCUUCGGUCCUCCUGCGUCAUUUGCAGCACGUGCAUCGCGAGCAGCACCAAGCAGCUACAGCAGCAGCAGCAGCUACGGCAGCAGCAGCAACAGCAGCAUAGGUAGACAAUCAGCACCAUUAGUUGUACAAAGAACAUAUACUAGCCAGAUAGGAUUUCCUCAAUCAACUAAUCCUAUAACAUUUAAUGUACAGCAAAGUUUUAAUAGGAGGCCUGCUGCUGCUGCUGCUGCACCUCCUGCUGCUGCUUCUUUUGCUGCUGCACCUUCCUCUUAUUCUUCAUUUGCUGCUGCUCCUGCUGCUGAUGUCGCUAUACCAUCUAAGAAAGGAGGAGGAAUUGGAGGAGGGAACGGAGGAGGAAUAGGAGGAGGGAACGGAGGAGGAAUAGGAGGAGGGAACGGAGGAGGGAACGGAGGAGGAAAUGGAGGAAAUGUUCUUAUAGGAGCAGAGGCACCAGGAGCAGCAGGAGCACCACCAGCAGCAGCAGCAGCAGCAGGAGAAGGAGCAGGUGCAGCAGCACCUAGAUUAUCAGGGAUUAUUAACUAUAUAGAAAGAAGACUUAGACAAAUAAAACAUUAA